UCGAAUCGAUGGCGGAUUUGGGUCCGGUGAUAGUAGCGACGGUGCUGUUCGUCUUGCUGAGCCCCGGAUUGUUGUUUCAGAUACCAGGUAAAGGCAAGGUUGUUGAGUUCGGGAACAUGCAAAACAGUGGAGCUUCCAUCUUCGUCCACUCGAUCAUCUACCUCGGUCUCGUUACCAUCUUCGUCAUCGCCAUCGGAGUUCAUAUUUACGCCGAUAAUUAAUAAAAACGUCGUCAUCUCCCUUAA